CACUCACACCACACGCAUCACUUCCUCAUUUCAUUCGUGACCCUGUUUGAGCUCAGCGUUGCACGCUUCUGGCCGAAAUAGUCACUACAACAAGCCUGCAUCUCAUCUUUAACCGCCAUAUAGAUAAGCGUGCAACAUGGCAGCGGCGUUUACGUCCACAACCUCCAAGUCAGGCUUUGACUUCGGUCUGCACAGUCGCAAUGCUCAUUUGGCAUCUCAAGGGCACGCCUUGCCCAAGGCCACAAGCACGGGUACCACCAUCGUCGGAUGUGUGUACGAGGACGGCAUCGUUCUAGGAGCAGAUACCCGGGCUACGGAAGGGAGCAUUGUAGCGGACAAGAACUGCGAAAAAAUCCACUACAUCUCUGACAACAUCAGGUGCUGCGGAGCCGGCACUGCCGCCGACACGGAAUUUGUGACCGCACUCAUCAGUUCUAACAUGCAAUUACACGAACUUCACACGGGCCGCAAACCGAGGGUGGUGACGGCAAUGACUAUGCUCAAGCAGAGGCUCUUCCAAUACCAAGGCCACGUCGGUGCAGCGCUCGUGCUUGGAGGUGUGGAUGCCACUGGUCCCCAGCUUUUCACCAUCGCGCCUCACGGAAGCACAGACAAACUGCCUUACGUGACCAUGGGCAGCGGUUCUCUAGCCGCAAUGUCCGUAUUCGAGACUGGAUGGACACCAAAGAUGUCUCGUGCAGCAGCAGUCGAACUUGUCGUGAACGCAAUUUCUGCGGGAAUCUUCAACGACUUGGGAUCCGGCUCGAACGUCGAUGUUGCAGUCAUCACGGAGAAAGAAUCCGAGUAUCUCAGGAAUUACGUCAAGCCAAAUGAGAGGGGCAUCAAGGAGGCCAAGUAUGGCGUGGGCCUCAAGGGCGUCACACCCAUCACAAAGGAAAAGAUUUGGGAGAUGCUUGUGAAGGAGGACGUCUUGGAGCUCGGCAAGCCUCCUCAAGCUGCUGCCGCUACUGGCGAAGCUAUGGAUCAGUCAUAGCGGUCUCAGCAGAAGCGUUGUAAUGACAGAGGCCCAAAUGUGAUGUGAUCACUGCAUUUCAGCAUUGAAAAUGUCAGAAG